AUAGUUGGUGUGGUGAAAAUUUUUGUUUAACUCGGAGGCAAAGUUUGUUUAACUCUCGUGUCUAGAAACCCUCGUAAUGCUCAAGAUUCCACUUCUAGAACCACUCGCUACGCUCGUCGUUCAAUUUUGGAUUCUUUCGCUUGCUAGGGUAUCAAUUAGCACGAGCGGUUAAAUAUAAACAACACCGUUGCCCCCUUGUAAAGUAAAUAACUAUUGUCUUAGGCCUUUCUUCCUUACUAGAAAUAUAUGUAUUUUUUUAUGCACUGUCUUCAUGUGGUUACUUGCCAAUACCGCAAAGGCUCUUUUGCUCGCUCUUAAUUAACAAAAUUACCCUUACGCCCAUAUAAAUAAAGAUUAAAAUGUUACCUACUAUACUGCGCGUAAAUCCAUAAAAUCAGAUUGGCGGCGUUAUAACAACAUAUCACCACCAGUAAUUGUACUAUUCACACGUGUUAUUUACACAAAUGGAGUAAACUCAAUGUUACGUGAAUUUCAAGUGCUGAAACUAAAAAUAAGUCGGACAUUUAGUGAGUGAAGCGUAGGUUGUUGCUGAAAAUGGAGGGUUAUUGUUGCAUCGUGCUUGUUUUGGUGUUCGGGAAUCUGGCUGAUGGAUUUAUAGGACCAAAAAAGGUGCUUCUGUCGGUGUACUAUGAGAGCCAAUGCGUCGACAGCAAGACCUUCGUGUUGCAACAGCUGCGACCCGCACUGCAACUCUUGGACAAACACAUAAAGCUGCAACUCGUUCCUUUUGGGAAGUCGAGGAGCAUAAACUACGGCGAUGACGGGUUCAAGUGCCAGCAUGGUCCAUCAGAAUGCCUGGGCAACAUGGUGCAGGACUGCGCGCUGUUUCAGAUGAGGCACCAAUCUAACCUGGAGCAGCUCGGUUACGUAGCCUGUGAGAUGGAGAGUGAGGCGGGAUCCAGGGGAAGCUUCGAGUGCGUCCAUCGAGCAGGACUACGGACGGAGCAGGUGGAAAAAUGUUUAAAGAGCAGACAAGGAACGCAGUUGCAGCUGGAUUCCGAAUAUCUGACGCUGCUAAUGAAGCCCAAGUUCAUACCCACUAUCGCCGUGGACUUGUUAUUUGAUCAGCACGUGCAAGACAACGCGCUGAUCGACCUGACGGGUACCCUCUGUGCUGAGCCGGUGCUUGAGAAGACUGCCGCCUGCGCGCACUAUUACAACACCCUGGCGUUGAAACAUCUGUUCUCGUACCCACUCGAUGAUGAGCCUGAGAAGAUACCUCUCUACAAGUAUCAGACGUACUUUUAUAUCGAUUAAAGUUUUUGUGGAUCAA